AUGGCCGCAACGGUCAUUUUCUUCCUUCACUUCACUUUCUUCGCCGCCGUUUUCUCCCAACUCCCUCACACCUCCGCCGUUUUAUCGGAGAUUCAAGCACUCACUUCCUUCAAACUCGCUCUCCACGACCCUCUAGGCGCUCUCGAAGGCUGGAACCCAUCGUCACCCUCAGCUCCAUGCGACUGGCACGGCGUUUCCUGCUUCUCCGGCCGUGUCCGGGAGCUCCGUCUUCCCCGUCUCCGCCUCACCGGCCACCUCAGCCCACGACUCGGCGAGUUGACUCAGCUCCGUAAACUCAGUCUUCACACUAACGACAUAAACGGCGCCGUUCCGUCUUCUCUCUCUCGCUGUGUCUUCCUCAGGGCGCUCUAUCUCCACUACAACUCCUUCUCCGGCGUCUUCCCACCGGAGAUACUAAAUCUAAGGAAUCUCCAAGUCCUCAACGCAGCUCACAACUCACUCGCCGGAAACAUAUCAAGCGUUACAGUCUCCAAGAGCCUCCGCUACGUCGAUUUGUCUUCCAAUGCAUUAUCCGGAAAAAUCCCGGCGAAUUUCUCGGCGGAGUCUUCUCUCCAGCUCAUCAACCUCUCGUUCAACCGUUUCUCCGGCGAGAUCCCGGCUACUUUGGGGCAGCUACAAGAGCUAGAGUAUCUAUGGCUUGACUCAAACCAAUUACAAGGCACAAUACCAUCGGCAUUGGCUAACUGCUCCUCGCUUAUACACUUCAGCGCCGCCGGAAACUCCCUCACCGGCCUAAUUCCGGCGACUCUCGGGAAGAUCCCAAGUCUCCAGGUGAUUUCACUGUCGGGAAAUUCACUCGGCGGUACAAUCCCGGCGAGUCUUCUCUGUGGCUCGUCGGGUUACAAUUCCUCCAUGCGAAUCAUUCAAUUUGGAGUUAAUAACUUCACGGGAAUCGCUAAGCCGUCAAAUGCAGCCUGCGUGAACCCUAAUUUGGAGAUAUUUGACGUUCACGGGAACCGCAUUCACGGCGAUUUUCCCGCGUGGUUGACCGAUUUGACCUCGAUUUUGGUUUUGGAUAUAUCCGGGAACGUUUUCUCCGGUUAUUUCCCGGUUAAAUUCGGAAGUUUCGCUGCGCUUCAGGAGCUGAGAGCAGCGAACAAUUCUUUUUCUGGGGAAAUCCCGACGAGUAUCGGAAAAUGCAGGUCGUUGCGAGUUGUUGAUUUCGAAGGAAACAAGUUUUCGGGUCAGAUUCCGGGUUUUCUGGGUCAGUUGCGGAGCUUAACAGCGGUUUCUCUCGGAAGAAACGGGUUCUCGGGUCGGAUUCCGUCCGAUCUUCUCGGCUUAACCGGACUCGAAACUUUGAACCUCAACGCGAAUCAUCUCACCGGAGCUAUACCGUCGGAGAUAACGAAGCUAGCCAAUCUCACCAUACUCAAUCUCAGCUUCAACAAAUUUUCCGGAGAAAUUCCGGCCAAUGUGGGUGACCUGAAGAGGUUAACCGUUCUCAACCUAAGCGGAUGCCGGUUAACGGGUCGGAUCCCGGUUAGCGUCGGAGAAUUAAUGAAGCUUCGAGUCUUGGAUUUAAGUAAACAGAGGAUCUCCGGUCAGUUACCAGUAGAACUCUUUGGCUUGCCGGAUCUUCAGGUGGUUGCUCUCGGAAACAACUCUCUUGACGGCGACGUACCGGAAGGUUUCAGCAGCUUGGUUAGUCUCCGGUACUUAAACAUCAGCUCCAAUUUAUUCUCCGGACAUAUCCCUUCCAACUAUGGAUUUCUCAAGUCGUUGCAAGUGCUCUCAAUGUCUCACAAUCGGAUCUCCGGUUCGAUCCCGCCGGAGAUUGGGAAUUGCUCCGGUCUCGAGGCUCUUGAGCUCGGUUCGAACCGGUUAACAGGUCACAUCCCGGUCCAAUUCUCGAAGCUGUCUCGUUUGAAGAAGCUUGAUUUGAGUCGCAAUAAAUUAACCGGUGAAAUCCCGGAUCAGAUUGGUAAGGAUUCGUCUCUGGAGUCUCUAUUACUCAAUUCGAAUUCUCUAUCGGGUCGUAUACCGGAAUCGGUAUCAAGAUUGUCGAAUCUAACCGCGUUGGAUCUUUCCUCGAACCGGUUAAAUUCCACUAUACCGGCAAACCUCUCUCGCCUUCAUUCGCUUAGCUACUUCAACGUGUCAAGAAACAGAUUAGAAGGAGAGAUUCCAGAAGCUCUAGCUUCCCGUUUCGAUAACCCGUCCGUCUUCAUCGAUAACCGGGAUCUCUGCGGUAAACCGCUCGGUUUGGAGUGUAGAAACGUUAAGCGUAGAAGAAGGAGGAAGCUGAUUCUACUUAUAACACUAGCAGCGUCAGGAGCGUUGCUGCUGUUACUCUGUUGCUGCGGUUACGUGUUCAGUCUAUGGAAAUGGCGUCACAAGAUAAGGUCCGGCUUGAGUCGGGACAAGAAAGGGACACCGUCACGAACAUCCCGAGCUAGCUCCGGUGGGACAAGAGGAGGAGAAGACAACAACAACGGUGGUGGUGGUGGUCCAAAGCUUGUGAUGUUCAACAACAAGAUCAGUUUAUCCGAGACGUUAGAUGCAACGAGACAGUUCGACGAGGAAAACGUGUUGAGCAGAGGAAGGUACGGUUUGGUCUUCAAGGCGACGUUUAAAGACGGGAUGGUUCUGUCGGUUCGUAGACUCAUGGACGGCGCUUCGAUAACCGACGCGACGUUCCGUAGCCAAGCGGAGGCUUUAGGUAGAGUGAAGCACAAGAACGUAACGGUGCUGAGAGGUUAUUACUGUGGACCGCCCGAUUUGAGACUUCUUGUUUACGACUACAUGCCUAACGGAAACCUCUCGACGCUUUUGCAAGAAGCGUCUCACCAAGACGGACACGUGUUGAACUGGCCGAUGCGUCAUCUCAUCGCGUUAGGGAUCGCGAGAGGACUCUCUUUCUUGCAUUCUUUGUCGAUCGUUCACGGGGAUUUGAAACCGCAGAAUGUUCUGUUUGAUGCUGAUUUCGAAGCGCAUUUGUCGGAGUUCGGGCUGGAUAGACUGACGGCGUUGACUCCGGCGGAGGAACCGUCGACUUCGUCGACUCCGGUCGGGUCUUUAGGGUAUAUUGCACCGGAAGCGGGUUUAACGGGGCAGGCGAGUAAAGAGAGCGAUGUGUAUAGCUUUGGGAUCGUGUUGCUAGAGAUCUUGACGGGGAAAAAAGCGGUCAUGUUUACGGAGGAUGAAGAUAUAGUGAAAUGGGUUAAGAGACAGUUGCAAAAGGGACAGAUCGUUGAGCUGCUUGAACCGGGUUUGUUGGAGCUUGACCCGGAAAGUUCGGAGUGGGAAGAGUUUUUGUUGGGGGUUAAAGUUGGGUUGUUGUGUACCGGAGGUGACGUCGUUGAUCGGCCGUCUAUGGCUGAUGUUGUGUUUAUGCUUGAAGGGUGUAGAGUCGGUCAGGCGAUUUCCUUGUCCGCCGAUCCUACUUCGCCUACUUCUCCGGCCACCGCCGCCACAGCUACUUGA